GGGCGCCCGAUCCCAGGUCAGCGGGCGUGGGGGCGGGAUCGCGGCCGGGCCGGCCCUGCCCCGCGCGCACCGAGAGGGGGAGGCGAACUGGCAGGGGCUACGCCCUGCCCUGCCCUGGGACAGACCCGCGCUGGAGGGGGAGCAGGUGACACCGCGAGGAAAUCGAGGCCCGCGGCUCGGGCUCCGCCCCAGGGGGUCGCGGGGCUUCCUCGGCCCUCUGGUCUCCGCACAGAUGGCGCGCUGGAGUCGGUGACAGCUGUCGCUGAAUCCAGUGCGUGACGCCCCGCCCCCUGCCCAGCCGAUUAUAGGGCCGCCCGCCGGGUAAAAGGAUUUCGGGGCUGGCCUGCCCACCCCUUCCCGCCCCGGACCCGGUCCCGGCCCUCUCCCUGCUCGGGCCCCUGUGUCCCAGUCAGCGCGCAGGGCCGUCCCUGGGAGCAGCAGUGCCCGGAAUCCUAAGGAGGAAGCCGCGAAGCUCCUCUGCUUGAGGGCUUGCUGCCGGAGGCAGAGGGGGCAAAGCCCCGGCAAGCCUUUGGCUCAGGGGAGCGGGUCCCAGGAGCCCGAGGAUGCCUUCCCGUCCUUGGGGUCCACACACACCCUCAGACACCCGGGAACUGCCCUGCUUGAGCCAAAGCUAUUGCAUUAAAACUUUUGCUGUGCGCACUUCAUUUCUAGUGACUUUAAAUAAUUACGUGAGUUACAAUUUAGAGCGCGAUUUGAACAGACACCAAGGCCACCUGGUGCCUUUCCACAGGACUCACUCCUGCCGGCAGGGUCAAUGGGCAGGUUUUGAGCGGGGACCAUUUGAGGGCGGGCUGCAGGCAGGACAACAGCACACCCCGGUUUGCUGCCCCUGCUCCAGACUAGCUGGCUUCUCAGCCCGGGCCCCACCUUUAGCACUGGACUUCCUGUGCCUGGACCUAGACCCGGGCGUUCCGCUCGCCAGGACCACAGGCGUGUGAGCAUAAGCCCCCGACACUAGGCAUCCCUUCACAAUUCAGCUCGCUGCUCCCAGAGCCGUGUGGGAAAUGGCCCUACAAAACCGGUUGGUGGCCCAAGGCCCAUCCUCACAACCCAGCUGUUCCACGGCCCAAAAAAGAGAAGCACCUUCCCGGGAGCCAGCAGGGAGGAGGACAUGGCUCCUCAACUGAGGGUCUUGUCGUGUGCCACGUGCCCCCACUCUAGCAAGCUCCGAGACCCACCCUCAGCCGCCGGGGGCAGGGGCUGCACAAAACUGUGCUCGCAUUUUACUGUGGUGGUUGGCUCCCGGGAUGGGGACCACAGAAUGGGUUCCAGGGACAGGACUGGACUUCAUGAGGGGUCACACAAGGACACUGGGCCUUGUCUUGAGGGCACAAGCCUCAUGCUCUGGACUCGGCUUUUGGAAGUUCCAGAGGAGAGCCCACCUGGACAAGGGAAAUCGCCUUCCCAGAGCCUGUCCCCCUUCCAGCCUGGGCUUGGCUACCUGGGCCCGGGGCCUCCCACCAUCAUGUCCCCAAGCCCACACCCCAGGCAAGCAGCGGCUAGAGCGCAGGGAAGCCUGAGCUCGGUACUGCUGGGCAGGAAGCCCCUUAGGAGGAGAGCUGGGAGAGGGGGCUCAGGCAGGGUGGGGCCUACCACUGGGAACAGCGGGAACUGCCGUGGAAGCCUAUGCCCCAGAUGUCAGGGCUGUUCUGGUAAAGUUUUUUGUUUUUUUAAUCAGUUGCUUGAACUGACUUAUGACCUUUCAGAUAUUGCACCCGGGGUGCGGGCCUCCAUCCACGUUCUCUGGUUCUCAAGUGUCAGGGGCCGGCACACCGACCUGUGUUUCAGGAGGCACAUCCCAUCCGGGCUGGACUAUUCGGAGGCCCCGCUGGAGGCCUCAGCUUCGCGGUCGGCCGCCGGUCCCGUGGGAGAUGGCCCCGGGGGCGCCCACGCUGCUGCUGCUGUGGCUGCUGUGGCUCCCCGGCUGCCCGCCCCGCGCUGCCGGCUGCCCGGCCGCCUGCCGCUGCUACAGCGCCACGGUGGAGUGCGGCGCCCUGCGGCUGCGCGGCGUCCCGCCCGGAAUCCCACCCGGGACGCAGACGCUGUUCCUGCAGGACAACAGCAUCGCGCGCCUGGACCCAGGCAUCCUGGCGCCUCUCGCCGCCCUGCGCCGCCUCUACCUACACAACAACAGCCUGCGCGCCCUGGAGCCUGGCGCCUUCCGCGCGCAGUCAUGCCUGCUGGAACUGGCGCUCACCGGGAACCGGCUGCGCGGCCUGCGAGUCGGCGCCUUCGCAGGCCUGGCUCAGCUGCGCGCGCUCUACCUGGCGGGUAACCAGCUGGGGCAGCUGCUGGACUUCACCUUCCUGCACCUGCCGCGACUGCAGGAGCUGCACCUGCAGGACAACAGCAUUGAGCUGCUGGAGGACCAGGCCCUGGCGGGGCUCUCCUCACUGGCGCUGCUGGACCUCAGCAGAAACCACCUGGGCACCCUCAGCCGCGAGGCCCUCCGGCCCCUGGCCAGCCUGCAGGUCCUGCGCCUCACAGAGAACCCUUGGCGCUGCGACUGCGCCCUGCACUGGCUGGGAGCCUGGAUUAAGGAGGGCGGCCAGCGGCUGCUCAGCUCCAGGGACAAGAAGAUCGUGUGCGCCGAGCCCCCACGCCUGGCGCUGCAGAGCCUCCUGGACGUUUCCGGCAGCAGCCUCAUUUGCAUCCCGCCCUCGGUGCACGUGGAGCCGCUCGAGGUGACGGCCAACCUGGGCGAGGACCUGCGGGUGGCCUGCCAGGCUUCGGGCUACCCGCAGCCCCUGGUCACCUGGAGAAAGGUGGCGCAGCCGCGCGACGGGCAGCCGCGGGCGCAGGCGCAGGCGGAGGGCGGGGCGCCGCGCCCCGGCGGCCCCGACACGGGCAGCGGCAUGCUGUUCCUUAGCAACAUCACUCUGGCCCAUGCCGGCAAGUACGAGUGCGAGGCCUCCAACGCCGGCGGCGCCGCCCGCGUGCCCUUCCAGCUCCUGGUCAACCUGUCCCGGCCGCAGCCGCCGCAGCCCGCGCCGCCGCCGCCCCCGCCCGCCGGGCCCGUCAGCCACGAGCCGCUGCAGGAGGCGGGCAGCAUGGCCUUCCGCGCCCUGGGCCUGGCCACGCAGACGGCCGUGGCGGCCGCCAUCGCGCUGCUGGCGCUCACGGCGCUGCUGCUGGCCGCCAUGAUCUGCCGCCGGCGCCGCAAGCGGAAAAAGGCGCCGGGACCGCCGGGCGAGGGCGCGCUCUUCGUCAACGACUACUCGGACGGGCCGUGCACCUUCGCGCAGCUCGAGGAGCUCCGCGACGAGCGAGGCCACGAGAUGUUCGUCAUCGACCGCUCCAAGCCGCUCUUCGCUGACGUCCCGACGGAGGCGGCCGACGGUGCGGGGCCCGGGCUCCUGCUGCAGCCGCCCGCAGCCUACGAGAUCCACUGCUGAGCGGCCGGGCCGAGGGGCGGGCGCGGGCUGAUGACGUGGGCCGCGCGGAUUGGCCGGCCGGCG